AUGUGGAGAUUUUGUUGUGUAAUCAGCCGAAAAGAGUCAAAAAUAAUCGAGAUAAAACGCCAUUCCAAAGUAUCUGCAGAUCUUCUUCCUGUUGUAUCGACUGAACCAGGCUCCAGCUUAGCCAGUCUUUGUUGCGACGACUGUCGGCGACCAUCGUGGAAUAAAUCCAACGGUCAUACUGCAGAUAUUCUAUCUCGACGACAUUCAACUCCCUACUUUGAGGUCGAUCUUGAAACUGGAAGGCGUCCUACUCUGGUUGUUGAAUCAACAGCCAGAUUAGCUGUCGCCGAAUCUGUAGAUUUGGAACAUAGUAGACGGAGUUCAGGUAUUAGCACGCAGGCAGUCUCUAAAUCCUUUGGAGAAAUGAGUUCUCGUCGGAAAGUAGCCUCUGGAACCCCUGUUGAAAACAAGCCCUCUACCGUAGUUGCCACCGAAGAUUCCUCCUCUAUUAAAAGGCCUUUUAGUGGAAGAAAAAAGAGCGGAUUUAUUAAGCACCAUUCCUCAGGCUCGUCAUUUCGUAAGCGGAUGCUUUUACGGAAAAAUGAAAGGGGAAUGGGUUUUCCGAGGCUUAAUUUUAUGCCACGGGGUCGAACACAGGCCAAAGGGGAAAUUGGGGACUCCCAGGUGCAAACUACUCUUCUACAGGGAAUGGAUACCUCACUUCACUCACGAAGGGAAUCUCUUUACAUUUUUAGCCAUACAGAUGAGACUAUUGUCACUCCAUUCGCCCAAAUCUUGGCCAGCCUUCGAAAAGUCCGGUCCAAUUUUAUUUCUCUCACAAACGUCCAAAGCUCGAAAGACUCUAGGUUUGGUACAUCCCAUACAGAGGAGCCCCGAAGAAUGUCCUUCACUGUCGAUGACGAACAGUCAACUAAUCUUGCGCUUGAGACGCUGGAGGAAUUAGAGUGGUGUCUAGAGAGAUUGGAAAGCAUCCAGACCCAUCGGUCUGUCAGCGAUAUGGCAUCAAGCAAGGUUAGUUUGCUGAUAUUAUGUAAAAUAUAA